AUGUCUCCCUUUACACACCACGCCCACGCUCACGCACAUACCCACUCCUGCCAUCUCGCGGAUUCAUCCACGGAUAACACCCACGCCUACUGUCCACCACAGGAAGGCGACAGCCGCUCUCCCUGCCCCGCACUCAACACCCUCGCAAACCACGGCUACCUCCCCCGUGACGGCAAGUGCAUCACUCCUCAGGUCCUUAUCAACGGCCUCCGCGAUGGCUACCACCUCUCCACCCCCCUCGCCUGGUUCCUCACACACGGUGGCUUCUACCUUCUCGGCCAGCGCCGCAAGCGCAUCUGUCUGCGCGACCUCUCCCGGCAUAACUGCAUCGAGCACGAUGCGUCUCUCGUCCACCCGGACGUCCACCACCGUGACGAAUACGCUCCGGUCGACAUGCACCUCCACAUGCUCGAAGACCUCAUGACCUUCGCAGAGGACGGCGUUGUGAUGACUCCCGACGACGUUGCCCGUGCACGCGUAUGCCGUGAGGCGUCUUACACCAUCCCCCUCGACCCCGUGCACGCGGAGAUCGCACGGGGCGAGAUGGCGAUCGCCCUCCAGCUCUUCAAUAACCCCGCACCCGCGCCUGCGCCCCACCCCGACGCCCCAGACGCACGUUCGCUGAUGUCCAAGCUCAAGCGUAUUGUCCUGCGCAAGACAUCGAGCACCAGCUCAAAGGAGCCUCCGCUCCCCGGCGUCCCCAUCGACAUGCUGCGCGUCUGGAUGCACGAGGAGCGGCUCCCCGACGGCUGGCGGCCCUACCACAAAACCGGCCUCAUCCACACUAUCCGCAUGUCCUCCCGCCUCCGCGCCUCGAUGAAGGCCCUCGCGAAGGAACAGUACGCCGCUCAGCGCGCUGCCAAGAAAAAGCACGCCCCCGCCGUCGCCAUCGCCGUCUCCGCGCCCGCCCCCGCGCUCAAGAUCGUCAUCGCCGCGGACGACCCGGCCCCGUUCAACAUCGACCUUGAGCAGGGCAUGGUCGGCGACCAGCCGCUCGCCGACGCGCGCCCUCCACAUGCGCGCGAGCUGUCCGGGUCCUCGACGGACUCGAGCGCGCUGGGAACCGCGAUGACGCGCGCGAGCACGAUGACGGCCGACUCGCCCGGCCCGGCGACGCCGACGGGCGAGAGCGGGUCGCCGGUGUUGGGCACGCUGGAGGAGGACCCGGGCGAGCGCCACAAGGAGCGCUUUGUCGACGUCGUGCUGACCGUCGGGGGGCGGGUGGACCCCGCGGAGGUGUGCGCGGCGGGCGACGGGCAGGUCGUGGAGAUCCCGCGGAUGGUCGCCGUCGCGAGCUGA